GUCACCUAUAGCUAAACAAAACUAUUAUUAGUUCCAAUGUUGCGUGGAUAUCGUUUUGCCAGACCUUUCAAGUUUCAGGGAACAAGUUUAAAGGGAUCUGCACCAGCUGCUGCUGCAACCAAUACUAUUCUCUUCGUGGGGCUAUUCAUUGUUGCUUCGGCCAUUCUAUCUUCCUUUUGGGUUCAAACCUCCAAUUUUCAGAUUGGAAGUUCUACAAACCAAACCAUAGUAGUCUCCAACAAGUUUAAAAAAACCCCUAAACCAGUUGAAUUCCCACUCAACUGUUCCAUUGGCAACCAAACUCAGACCUGCCCAGCAAACUACCCUACAACCUUUAGCAAUACUGAUGAACUUGACCCGUCGCCAAACCCUUUGUGCCCGGACUAUUUCCGGUUCAUCCACCAGGAUCUCAUGCCAUGGAAACGCACAGGAAUCACAAGGGACAUGGUAGAGAACGCAAAGAAGACAGCGCAUUUUAGGCUCGUGAUUGUGAAGGGCAAGGUUUAUGUUGAGAAGUACAAGCAGUCCAUACAAACAAGGGAUGUUUUUACCAUAUGGGGCAUUUUGCAGCUUCUUAGGAGGUAUCCUGGCAGACUACCUGACUUGGAGUUCAUGUUUGACUGUGAUGACCAGCCGGUCAUCCGAUCAAGGGACUACCAGGGACUGAACUCGACUCGGGUACCGCCACUGUUCCGGUAUUGUGGUGAUAGAUGGACAAGGGACAUUGUGUUCCCUGAUUGGUCCUUCUGGGGUUGGAAUGAGAUAAACAUAAAACCAUGGGAAGGUUUGUUGAAAGAUGUCAAGAAAGGCAAUGAAAGGAUCAAAUGGAUGGAUAGAGAACCUUAUGCAUACUGGAAAGGAAACCCCUUUGUUGCUGAUACGAGGAAAGACUUACUCAAAUGUAAUGUCUCAGGGACACAAGACUGGAAUGCUCGCCUAUUCAUUCAGGAUUGGAUUCUUGAAUCUCAACAAGGCUUCAAGCAAUCAAAUGUAGCAGACCAAUGCACACACAGGUACAAGAUCUAUAUUGAGGGUUAUGCAUGGUCUGUGAGCGAGAAGUACAUUCUAGCCUGUGAUUCAGUAACAUUGCUGAUAAAACCGAAAUACUAUGAUUUCUUCACAAGAGGUCUGCAACCAGUGCACCAUUACUGGCCUAUAAGGCAUGAAAACAAAUGUAGAUCCAUUAAGUUUGCUGUGGAUUGGGGCAACAACCACAAACAAAAGACUUUGGAACAGGCACAAGCAAUUGGAAAAGCAGCAAGCGACUUCAUUCAGGAGGAGCUAAAGAUGGACUAUGUGUAUGACUACAUGUUUCAUCUAUUAAAUGAAUAUGCUAAACUCUUAAGAUUUGAGCCACGAAUACCCAAGGGCACCACACAUUUGUGCUCGGAGAGUAUAGCUUGUCCUGCAAAUGAGUCGCCGAAGAAGUCUAUGACCGAAUCAUUGGUUAAGAGUCCAUCAGCAACAGACCCUUGCACCAUGCCUCCUCCCUAUGAACCCCGAGCUCUUGCAAAGUUAUACAGGAGGAAUAUUAAUUCAAUUACACAAGUGCAACAGUGGGAAGAUAAGUACUGGGAAAAUCUCUCUAAGCAGCAACAGCUAUAAUUUCUUACAAAAUUACUUUUUGUUUUAGCAAUGAAAAUUCAAUGUAAACUAAGCGCAUAAAUUAAUUACAAAGUUUGUACCCUGUUAGUUUAUAGUUUCAAAUUGUAUGGAUGCUAUCCACAUAAUUUCAUCAACAGGGAGGUAGGAUUUAAACUU